AUGGCACGCACAUUCUUCGUCGGCGGCAACUGGAAGAUGAACGGCUCGCUCGAGUCUACCAAGGAGCUCACCCAGACGCUCACCUCGGCCAAGCUCGACAGCAACGUUGAGGUCGUUGUGUCGCCUCCUGCGCUGCACCUGCUGACCGUUCAGGAGGCGCUCAAGGGCUCCUCGGUCAAGGUGGCCGCGCAGAACGCGUACCACAAGGCCUCGGGCGCCUUCACGGGCGAGAUCUCGGUCAACAUGCUCAAGGACGCCUCGAUCCCUUGGGUCAUCCUGGGUCACUCGGAACGUCGCACGCUGUUCCACGAGUCGGACGCGCAAGUUGCCGAAAAGACCGCCGCUGCUCUCGCCGCCGACCUCUCAGUCAUCCUUUGCAUCGGUGAGACGCUCGAGCAGCGCGAGGCGAACCAGACGGUCGACGUUGUCGUUCGUCAACUCGACGCUGUUGCAGCCCAAGUUAAAGACUGGUCCAAGAUCGUGGUUGCCUACGAACCCGUCUGGGCCAUUGGCACGGGUAAGGUGGCCACCAGCGAGCAGGCGCAGGAGGUUCAUGCGGCUAUUCGCAAGUGGGCCGCCGACAAGCUCGGCAAGACCACCGCCGAGACGCUGAGGAUCAUCUACGGCGGAAGCGUCGCCGGUAAGAACUGCAAGGAGCUCGCUCAGCAGCCUGACAUCGACGGUUUCCUCGUCGGCGGUGCAAGCUUGAAGCCCGAGUUCGUCGACAUUGUCAACGCCAACAACUGA